AUGAAAGCCUACGCAAGUCUCUGCACCUUGGCGCUCCUGUUUCUACUUGCUGUGUGCUCCCGGAACUCCUCUACUCAAGAUCAGUUGCGCUCCAUCACAAUUGGAGUGGAUGAAAGGCCAGUUUCUGCCCAAAAUGAGUGCUGUUUCAGAUUUGUGUCAAAGCGAAUCCCACUCUGGGUUCUGGCAGACUACUAUAAAACCAGCAGUAGGUGUUCUCUGCCAGCCAUUGUGUUUAUUACCAGGAGAGGCAAACACAUCUGUGCCAACCCCACAGACCAGUGGGUCCAACACCAUGUCAGUAGAUUGGAGCUGAGCGGAGCAGGAAUGGAGCCAUUUCCGGUGAAUCACACGAUUUCCUGA